UUUUACACCUUUUGCUCUACGUGACUGAUGUCUGUGUAUUGCAGGGCUUGUAGCUUCCUUGUGUACAUUUUCUUAUGCUGUUUGGAUUGUUUCUCCGACUGAAAGAGACAGUCCUAUAUCAUCCAAAAGUUUCUAAUAUAGAGGAGGUGUAUUUAAAAUAGUUCACUGUGCAAUCCAAUAUAGAAUAUACAAAACACAAGAUAUACAAGAAGGUAGCACUCUACUGCAUAAUUUGUGAUACUGGGGAUUGUGUUCAUGCUUUCCACUAACUGCUGUUAAAAACAAACAAAACAGAAGGAUGCACUGUCUGGAACUGAGGAGCUUCUGCCUGAUUUCUCCACUCCUUAGGAGCCUGCUGUGAAAAAGGGGGUGAAGGAGGAAUCAGUCUCUGUGGGGGUGCCAGAAAAACGGGUGCAGCAGGAGGAAUUGCAGGCAUGUGAUAACACACAGGAAAAACUCAGGGUAUGUGCGCACACUGCAGAAGAGCAGCAGGUUCCUGCUGAUUUUCUUACUCCACUACAAAGUGCUGCAGACAAGAGCACACUGGGGGUCACACAGCAAUACCUAGCAGGUUAAAAGAGUGGAGCAAGCCCUUGAAAAUGCUGUUUCUCUAAAUCAGGAGCCUUUUUGGCUCCACACACCAGAUCCUUAUCAGGAUCUGCCUUCUGGCACCCAAUGUGACAUGGGAGCACCACAGCCUACCUGCCUCACUUAGCCUGACAGUUCCUUGCACCUGCUUGAAUCCUAACAAUGCCUCAUGGCAAACUAAUUUUGAAAGCAUCAUUUUCAAACUGGGGGGCACUUGGCUAGCAAAAGCCCUUUGCCCUGGAAUAUGUAGUGGCUUCGAUGCCUGUCUAGAUCUGAAGUACUGUAUUGUUCUCUGUUCCUUAAGGAAAUGUUGAGUGUUUUGUUUUGUUUUUUCAAUCCAAGAUUUCAGCAAUCAGUAUUCUCCAUGGAUGCCCUUUUUCUAACCAUUUCCUUCCUCACAGAUCCUGAGCCCUAUGUAUUCCUGUCACUUCAACACUUAUACUUUGAGCCUUCUUCUCCCACUAAAUUGCCUCUCUGUUUUUUUCUAGCUUACAUUCCUCCUUGUGCGAAACAACAUACUAUAGAUCUAGAACUCUCUUCCAAGCCACAUUCUGCAGAAAGAGUUACAUAAACAGGAAAGAGUGGCAGGAGACCUGUCAGGGAAUUUCUUUCUCUACCUUCCUUGCCUACAAAGAACAAUUUCAAAUCUUUCAAAGACUGUGUGGCACUAGCAAUGUGGAAAGUGAACUUAACAGGAUGCUCCGACCUCACUAACCAACGGACGGACACGUUAAAGAUGCGGAGCAGCAAUGGCAGUGCGGUAAACACAGGCCCCAAAGGGGUGAUCAACGACUGGAGGAGAUUCAAGCAGCUGGAGACAGAGCAGAGGGAGGAACAGUGCCGGGAGAUGAAGCGCCUCAUCCAGAAGCUCUCAAUGACAUGCAGGUCCCACCUGGACAAUGAGGAGGACAAACGGAAGCAGCAGGAGCUCCAGAAACAGCUGAAUGACAAACUAACACUGCAGGAGUUCAGUGCGCUGCGUGAGGGCCCAGAUGACGAGGAGUUCCUGCAGCAGUACCGCAAGCAGCGCAUGGAGGAGAUGCGGCUGCAGCUGCGCAGUGGGCAGCACUUCAAGCAGGUUGUCGAGAUCCACAGUGGGGAGGCCUUCCUGGACACCAUUGACAAAGGACCCAGGAAUUCCCUAGUGAUGGUCCACAUCUACGAGGAUGAUGUCCCAGGGGCCGACUCCCUCCACGGAUGCAUGGUCUGCCUGGCCAUGGAGUACCCCAUGUUCACGUUUUGCCGGGUGCGGAGCUCCCUGAUCGGCACCAGCUCCCGCUUCACCACCAGCGCCCUGCCGGCACUCCUGGUCUACAAGGGUGGGGAACUGGUGGGCAAUUUUGUCCGUGUCACUGACCAACUGGGUGAGGACUUCUUCGCCGGGGACCUGGAGGGCUUCCUGCAGGAGUGUGGCCUGCUCCCUGAGAAGGACCAGGUGCUCCUCACCUCUGUCCUCAAUGCCGCCUCCUCCUGCCUCAGUGAGGACAGUGACCUGGAGAUCAACUGAGGGCGGCCUAGGGGGAGCAGAGGGGCGCCUGUGAAUGGGCGAGUAGAAAAGCCCACCCUUUACUAGCCCCUAGAAGGCAGAUACCCAGUUGCCACCCCCCACCCACAUUCCCAAAUGGAGGAGCCACCUCAAGCCUCCUGCUGAAACCUGUCCAGCAGCUUGUGGCCCCUCUGCUCUGUGAAAAAAUGAAUGAAAAAGAAACAGUAAAGCAAGUAUUUAACAGACAUCAUAAAAAUUGAAUGUCAAACUUGCUGUAUUUUAAUAAAUAUCAAAUCAAGUACUAUCA